AUGAGCACCUGCAUACAGAUCACGGAGGGCGUGGUGCCGGGCAUCAACCGACUAGCGCUCAAGGGCCACAUGGAGCAGUUUGGUCAGGUGGAUCUGGUUCACAUGGGCAACCGGCAAAACCCCGAAGAGGAGCCUCCGAAGGUUCGCUUCUCGACGCCUGAAGCUGCACAGAGGGCGCUGGAAGCCAUAAACGCUGGACAAGUGGUGAUAGAUGGGAUGCUGCUCAAGGCGCAGUACAUGCAGGGCAAGGGCCGGGGCCGUGGUGCGCCACCCACUGCCACGGAGCGGAACUUGGAAGUCACCAGCCGCGACCUCUUCCUGGAGCGCGAACGCGAGCGUGCGAGAAAUCGAGCCGGCGGUGGAGGUGGUGGCGGGAAGGAGCGAAGUCGCAGCCGGGAUCGCAGCCGCGACCGCCGUCGAAGGCGGAGAAGCAGCGACAGCAGCCGGUCAAAACGGCGCCGACGCAGCGCCAGCAAAAGCCGUGGCAGGAGAAGAUAG